GAUUUCUUCAAAGUGAUUUUGUGAAAGAGAAAGUGUGACAUAACCUGCGAAAUGUUUUUGAAGUGAUAUCUCGAAAAUUUAAUUUAAAUAAAAUCAGUUUUGCUUAACAUGGAGAAUGAUACUAUUGAACAUGAAAAUGAGACAAUGGAUGUGACUAACAAUGAAAAUCCUGAAGUUUUUGAAUCGAGCGAUAGCACAAUGUGGCGUCGGUCCGACGAGGCUUCCCAGCAUCUCCUGGAAAAUGACGAAGAUGAAAUGGUACCAACUUUCCAAACACCUAGCGCAGUCAUAGCUGGAUCAGACUCUCAACAGACCAAUUUAGUCGUUUUAUCUAGUAGCGAUUCUUGCAAUAAUAAUGGCGAACAGACUCCCUCGUCGGAUGACUUAGUGAAGAUUCCACCAACUCAACCUUUGCGAGCGACUGUUCGUCUGUCUGUCGAAGGAAUGAAAUGUGAAAGUUGUGUGCGAAGCAUUAAGGGUAAUCUUUUUGAACGACCAGGUGUGCUUGAUGUAGAGGUUUUAUUACAAGAACGUGCAGGAUUAUUCACAUACGAUCCGGCAAUUAUAGAACCAAGGACUUUAUGUAAAGCUUUAGAAGAUAUCGGUUUUCAAGCAAGGAUUCCAACUCCUGGACCUGCAGAAGCAGUUACCGAUUCUAUAUCUGAACUAAUUAACGUCCAAUCCUCUGUUUCUGGAGUUAAAACUAACGCAUCAGGGAUGAAUGAAAAUUAUUCUAAUAUCAAUAUUGAUCUGACACAAGAUCUUUUACUCAUAGGCGAUGAGAGAGAUCGUGAUAAGCAACAAAAUGAAGCCGAAAGUAUUAUAGAAGUUCAGGGCAUGACCUGCCAAAGUUGUGUUAAGACUAUUGAAAGUAUGAUAUCAGAAAAGACAGGUGUCUGUAGCAUAAAAGUGAGUUUAGAACAAAAAAUAGCUACAGUUGUGUUUAAUGAAAAAUUUAUAUCGGCAAAUGAAAUUUCCGAAAGUAUAAAUGAUAUGGGUUUUGAAGCCAGUGUAAAAUUGAUAAAUGGCAGACCAUUUUCAUCUUUAAAAAAAGAUCCAUCGCAAACGAUGCCUUUGAAAUCAUUGCCUUCUGAAACUAGUAUAUCGUCGGUUUUCGAUGGUAUAAAAGAUAAAAGUAAUAAAAAUAACCAAAAAUGCAAUUUGCACAUAUCGGGUAUGACUUGUGCAAGCUGCGUCGCCGCUAUUGAAAAGCAUUGCAAGAAAAUCUACGGAGUACAGGGUAUUUUAGUUGCAUUGCUAGCCGCCAAAGCAGAAGUUCAAUAUGACCCCGAAAGUAUUACUCCGCAUGACAUUGCUGUAUCUAUUACUGAAUUAGGCUUUCCUUCAGAAGUGUUGGAUGAAUUGGGGUCCGGGCAAGGUCAAGUGGAAAUAGAGAUUAAAGGAAUGACAUGCGCAUCUUGUGUAAACAAAAUUGAACGGGCGUGCUUGCGCGUUCCUGGUGUUUUGACUGCGGCGGUUGCGCUAUCGACCCAGCGCGGUAAAUUUACUUUUGACGCAGGAGAAACGGGUGCCAGAGAUAUCUGCGAAACAAUUGAUUCGUUAGGUUUCAAAGCUAGGCCUAUUGCUCCAGGUGGAAGAAAUGGGGCUAUGCAGAGGGGUUACUUAGAACACAAGGAAGAAAUUAGAAAAUGGCGUAACGCUUUCUUGAUUUCUUUGGCAUUUGGUGGACCUUGUAUGGUUGCAAUGGUGUAUUUUAUGGUUACCAUGGAAUUGCACAAACAUUCUCCCGAGGAAAUGUGCUGCGUAGUUCCAGGACUUAGUUUGGAAAAUCUCGUCAUGUUUGUGUUUUCUACACCAGUUCAGUUCUUCGGCGGUUGGCAUUUUUAUGUCCAAGCAUAUCGCGCCAUUCGUCGCGGAAACACUAAUAUGGACGUUUUAAUAUCAAUGGCAACGACGAUUAGUUAUUUAUAUUCUUUAGCAGUUAUUAUUGCAGCAAUGGCUUUAGAACAAAAAACAUCGCCUCGAACAUUUUUUGAUACGCCACCUAUGCUUUUAAUUUUCAUAUCUUUAGGCCGAUGGCUGGAGCAUAUAGCUAAAGGUAAAACCUCUGAGGCUUUAUCAAAAUUAUUAUCUCUGAAAGCUACAGACGCAACUUUAGUACAAAUUGGUGAAGAUUACAACAUAAUCAGUGAAAAAUGUAUCAGCGUAGACCUUGUACAGCGCGGGGAUAUUUUAAAGGUUGUUCCAGGUUCAAAGGUGCCAGUGGAUGGUAAAGUUGUUUUUGGACACUCAACAUGUGAUGAAAGUUUGAUUACUGGUGAAUCGAUGCCAGUGGCUAAGAAGAAAGGUAGUGUUGUGAUUGGUGGUUCUAUUAACCAAAAUGGUUUACUUAUAAUGGCAGCAACACAUACGGGUGAAAAUACAACAUUAGCACAAAUAGUUCGUUUGGUUGAAGAUGCCCAAACGUCCAAAGCUCCAAUACAGCAACUGGCAGAUAAAAUUGCAGGGUAUUUUGUUCCAUUUGUAAUUGCGGUGUCAACUGUAACACUUAUUGGUUGGACAAUCAGCGGGUAUAUGGAUAUGAAUCACUUGCCAAUACAUGAGGAAGAAAAAACUGGUUUUACAGAUACAGAAAUAAUAUUCCAAUACGCGUUCAGGUGUGCCCUAUCUGUUCUGGCAAUAGCGUGUCCUUGCGCGCUAGGUUUGGCCACGCCCACUGCGGUCAUGGUAGCGACUGGUGUUGGAGCACUUAAUGGUGUUCUGGUGAAAGGGGCAGGACCAUUGGAGAAUGCGCAUAAGGUGAAAACUGUGAUAUUUGAUAAGACUGGAACUAUUACCAAUGGUGUUCCAAUGACAAAUAGGAUUUGCUUGUUUGUCAAAUCAAAACUUUAUACAAUGUCCAAAAUCUUAGCCAUCAUUGGAUCUGCUGAGGUUAACAGUGAACAUCCCAUUGGUUCCGCAAUUGUAAAAUAUGUAAAAGAAACUUUAGAGACUGAUUUUUUUGGAAAGUGUUCUGAUUUUCAAACUGUACCCGGUUGUGGUUUAAAAUGUAUGAUUUCCAACACAAGCAUGAUUGAAGAUAAGGCAAAUAAAAUGUCUAAAAUGAUCAAUUAUGAAAACAAAGUCAGGAGUGACAUAAAGAGUGUAAAAUUGAAUGGUGUUCAGGUUGAUCAGUUAGCUAGUUAUGGUAAUAAUCAAGAAAAAAAUUCAUUUGACCUGCAACAGUUGCUCAGUAUAGGAAAUGAUACAACACUCGAGAAUGGCCCAUAUAGUGUAUGCAUAGGAAAUAGAGAGUGGAUGGCUCGAAAUGGUGUUCAGUUUUCACCAGAGGUUGAUAAAACGAUGAGAGAAGAAGAAAAUGAAGGCCACACUGCCGUUUUGGUUGCUAUAAAUGGUACUUUAGUAUGCAUGAUAUCAGUAGCAGACCUUGUGAAACCUGAAGCGCAUUUGGCAGUUUAUACACUCAAGAAAAUGGGUUUAGAUGUAAUAUUAUUAACAGGUGACAACAAGAAUACAGCCAUUAGUAUAGCUCGACAGGUUGGGAUAACUAGAGUUUUUGCUGAAGUUUUGCCUUCCCACAAAGUUGCGAAAGUGGCUCGCCUGCAAGGCGUCAGCGCAGCUGGCGAGAGGGUUUCGUCCAAGGGCGGUGGCGUUGCGAUGGUGGGCGAUGGAGUAAACGAUAGUCCAGCAUUGGCCCAGGCUGAUGUGGGUGUGGCCAUUGCAGCUGGAACUGACGUGGCGGCUGAAGCUGCUGAUAUCGUACUUAUGCGGAAUGAUUUACUAGAUGUGAUAGCAUGUCUGGACUUAUCAAGGAAAACAGUACGUAGGAUAAGACUAAACUUUUUAUUUGCAUCAAUGUAUAAUUUGCUUGGUAUACCUCUUGCUGCAGGCAUUUUUAGCCCAUUUGGUUUCGUAUUAGAGCCUUGGAUGGCUUCAGCUGCUAUGGCCAUGAGUUCUGUAUCCGUUGUCUGUUCAUCACUUCUUCUUAAAUUGUAUCGCAAACCAACAAUGGAGUCCCUUCAAACUCCUGAAUACUUAGCUCUGCUUCAAGAACGGGAAGUUCUUUUAGGAAGUGGACAAUACCAUGAUGAUCUAGAUGACAUUAGCGUUCACAGAGGCUUGGAAGAUCAUAGGCCUGCUGUUGAUUUAACAGCUUCUGGCGUCAGAAACAAUUCCAGUGCGGCUUUGACUAGGUUGUUCAAUAGAAAUAGUUUAUCAGAAGUUAAAGGGAGACUCUUGGGAGAUGACUAUGACGAUGACAUUAAAGUGGAAUUUACAAUGAAUAAAAAAACUCUAAAAAAUGACAUGACUGAAAUGAAGCCAAUAUAGAUUUAUAAAAGCAAAGAGGAUCGAGAGGCAUCACAGUUUUAUUUUACUCUUA